AUGCUCUAUGUAGACUACAGCUCUGAAUUCAACACCAUCAUCCUCUCCAAACUGGUUAAGAAUCUUGCUGAUCUGGUUCUGGAUAUCUCCAUGUGCAGCUGGAUCUUUGACUUUCUGACCAGCAGUUAUGACUGCACUGCUAAACAUAGCUCAAACUACAUCUACGAGUUUGCGAGUGACAUGACCAUUCUAGGUCUCAUCACAGAUCUGGAUGAGACUGCGCACAGAGAAGAGGCAUCACACACCGCUCUCACCCACCUGAACAGAGGGAACACAUACGUGAGAAUGCUCUAUGUAGACUACAGCUCUGAAUUCAACACCAUCAUCCUCUCCAAACUGGUUAAGAAUCUUGCUGAUCUGGUUCUGGAUAUCUCCAUGUGCAGCUGGAUCUUUGACUUUCUAACCAGCAGUUAUGACUGCACUGCUAAACAUAGCUCAAACUACAUCUACGAGUUUGCGAGUGACAUGACCAUUCUAGGUCUCAUCACAGAUCUGGAUGAGACUGCGCACAGAAAAGAGGAUGAUGAGGAAGAGGGACCUUCAGCAUGGAGCGACAGAAAAGGGACAGAAGAGAAGAGAAUGAAAAUGGAUGCUCUACUGACUUUGUCCAGCGUUGAUCGGCACUCAUCAGAAGUGGAAGUCUCCAUUCCAGAAUUGGGUAAACAAUGUGUUGAGGAUAAGACCAAAGAUGAGUACAGGUUUCUGUGGACUCAUGCUGGUCAGUAUAAAUGCAAAGUGACCCAGCUUAUUUUUGAGAUGGAAGGGGAAGGGGAAGUGCUGUACAGAAUAGUGUCCUGGGACAGCUGUCCGCUGGAUGGAUUAGGCCCAAAGGAGCCUGCAGGACCUCUGUACAGUAUUAACUGCCAUAAAGGUUCAAUCAGGAAACUACAUCUUCCACAUUGUGAGACCCGUACAGAUGAGGUGGGUCUUACUGUGGGCCAUGUGACUGGUGGUAAUGUGGAGAUCAUUCAGCAACUACUAGUAACAGACACACAUGUCAUCAUAGACAUUCACAAUCUCUCCCGCUUCGGUCUCUUAAGAGCACUGAUAUUCCAAGAUUAUCCUAUAAAAGCUCAGGUUAUACUCUUCCAUAAAAAACUCAAAGGAAAGCACAGGAAAAGUCAACUGAACGUACACCUUCUGCCAGGAAAUGUGCCAAUUGUAGAGGUGCAGAAACGGCAUGAGAACAAAAUGUACAUUGAGACGAGCGCCACAUGUGAACUAACCCCUGGUAAAAAAUACUGGCCUUUUUCUAAAAAUACUGACAAUGAGAUCCAACCAGAGUGUGAGAAGUUUUAUUCUGACUAUGGCCCCAACUAUCACCCUACAUUUGAGGUAUUCUUUAGUACAAAGGUUGAUGAAGUCACUUUAGGUCUUUUGGAUGAAAAAAAGAAGGAGGUGUGGUCGCGCCUGGUCUUGCUAUCAGAUACAGAAGCAGCCUCAUCCAAAUCAGAUACAACAGGUGCUGACUUUAUGGAUCAACACAGAGAAACGCUGAUUCAGAGAGUUUCAUCAGUAAUGGAAAUCGCUGACUGUCUAAAAAGCAAGAACAUGAUUAGUGAUGAAAUUUACAAUAAAAUGAAUGUACCUUCAUUAACAUCACAACAGCAAAUGAGGCUUUUGUAUAGUGUUCUCAACUCAGGAGGAAAAGCUGUGAAACAAGAAGUCUACAAAAUCAUUAGAAAGAAAAUGCCUGGCCUAGUGGAUGAUUUGGAGUCUGGUUCAAGCUCGGCAUAGUGGACCUUGCAGACUUUGUAGUGACACAUUUGUUUACAUUUUUAAGUACUUUGCUUCUCACAGUCUUUCCUUUUUGUUAUAAUUUGUAUUUAGAUCAGCAUAGUAAAUGCAUUUAUUCUAAUAUUUUGUUCUUAAGCGGUUUGGCGUCAUGCAGGGACCUCAUAUGGACAUAUCGUCUCUGUUGCUUAUUUUAGUACCAUUAUCUGAACUACACAGAAAAUCAAACAAAAAAACAGUAAAAGUAAAAAUUUAUAAUAGUAUAUCAACAUGCUUAAUUCAUCUUUACCAUUUUAAUUAACUUGUUUCAUAUAAAUACUGGAUUAGCAUUAACAGUUUUAAAUGCAGUUUUCUAUAUUUGUUUUUGUACUGUCAGUAUAAUCUAAUCAUGUAUAUAUUUCACAUUAUUUUUGUAUUUUCCCCCCUUUAAGCCUUUUUGUUUUUUACUGUAAUUUUAUUUGUUAAUGUACCACAUUAAAUGCGUAAA